AUGGUUACGCCUCUCACCAAGAGCGAUGACUUCCACCAGAUCCCUAUUGAGCAGAAACCGAACACUGUUGCCAGUAGCUCUGUCAGACCGUGUGACUUGCAUCUCGAAAAGCCUACCUUGACUGUCCUGGUGCCAUCGAAAUCUCAGGGCUUGAAACUGAUGAGUAUGCUGAAGUCCGAAAACGUCGAAAUCGACUACACCACGUCGGCUGAGACCAUGAUGCAAAACGUCCAGCAGCCAGACAUUGCUCGCAAGCAAGAGCCUAAGAAGCCACGCAGCACGGAUAACAUUGUGCAAGAAUCGACUGCUUUUGUUGGUGUCAUGAAGACAGGCAGCAAGAAUAAUGGUAUGAGGACCCCGGAGAAAAGGUAA